AUGUCUGAGAGUCAUAUAACCAAUAUAUCGACAAAUGGAUAUAAAGAUAAAACGAUAUCCAUGCAUUAUCAAAAUGAAUGUGAAAAAAAUGAAUAUAAUAAAUAUGUUUUAGAUAUUUGCAAUGUAAGUUGUCGAAAUAUUACAAGGGAAAAUAAUAUAUCAAAGAAUGAUCAGGAAAAAAUUCAAAAAAAUUAUAUUUUAAAUACUUUAGAAGAUGUAACAAAUAUAUAUAAUAUGCAAAAUAAAAAUAAUGGAAAUGAUGUAUUAAAUCAGUAUAAUAAAAUAAAAAUAUCGCAAAAUGAUAAAUCACAAAAGGGAAUGAAAGGAUCUACUAAACCUAAGUCUGUAAAGAAAAUGAAAGGAAAACUUCUUACUAACGAUCCAAUUAAUAUAGAUAAUUUUAGUAUCACAAAUGAGAAAAUAGAAAAUAAAUUUGUAGAUAAUAAUAAUGGAAAUGUUUCCACAUUUAAUGGUGGAAUUAGUAACGGAAUAAAUAACAUUAUUGAUGGAAAUAAUGAUAAUAAAAUUUUGAAAUAUUAUGAUAAUUUAAAUAAUAAUCAGGCAUCUAAUAAUUUAUUAAGAAACAAUGAAAAUUUUUUUAAUACAAAAAUGGAAAUAAAUAAUCCAGUAUUACAUAUAGUUGGAAAUAUUAUUUCACGAAAAAAUAUGGUUCCUAACAUUGGCGCAAAUUAUUAUACAAAUAAUAUUAUGAACGAACAAGGUAAUAAUAUAAAUUUUGUAAAAGAUAUGGAUCCAAACGUUAAGCAAAAUCUAAAUCAACCAGAAGGUCAAUGUGCUGAGAAAAAUACACAUGAACAAUUUUUGACUGAAAAUAAUAUUAACAAUAUGAAUAAUAAUUUUAUUCAGUCUCAAAACGUAGGAAAUUGUAAUAGUAGUGACAUUGAUCAAGGAAUUAAUGGUAAUAAUAAUCAAGAUGGAUCAAAUAAAAUAUCUCCUUAUAGCUUAAAUAGUGUAAAUCUAAAUAUGCUAAAUAAAAAAUAUAAUUAUAGUAUGAAUAAUGGAAAUACAAAUACAAAUACAAAUGUAUUAAAACUUAUAUAUAGAAAUGAUAAAUAUUCAAAUAUUAAGAAUGGGGAUAGUCCAUUAUAUUUAAUAAAUGAUGAAUAUAAUAAAAACAUGAAUAGAAAUAAUACAAGUAGUAAUAGUACUAAAAGUAGUAGUAAUCAUAGCACAAAUAGUAUUAUAAGUUUUAGAGGUGUCAACAAUAAUCAAAAUUUAAAGAUAGAUAAUAAUGAAAAAAAUUCAAACAAUUUGAAAAAUGUAUUAAAUAGAGAUAAUUAUGGAUAUGUUGAACCGACACAAAAUUCUUCUGAAUCAUUUCGAUCAAUAAUAAAUGCGGGAGGUUUAGGAACAAAUAUAAAAAAUGUUGGUAAUUUAAAACAUUCUAAUAAUAUUUCACAAGCUUUUAAAAUUAAUAAUAAUGAAAAUGUAAGAAAUGUUGGAAUACAUAUGAUUCCUAACGGGUUAAGAAAUAGUGUUACAAACAAUGGUGUAAAUAAUGUUGUGAAUGCUGGAAUAAGUAGUGAUAUAACUAGUAACAUGGUUAUUCAUAUAAAUCCAACCCAUCCAAACAUGGCUAAUUUAGACACAAAAAAUAACUGUAAUCGUGAAAUUAUUAGUUCAAAAAGUCAGCAAAAUAAUAUAACUGAUUUUGAAGGGAGUUAUAAAAACGCAAAGGAGUUGAUGCAUUUGCAUGACAAUAAUAUGAAUAAACACAAAUCAGUAGAUGUACAAAUCAAAACAAUACAUCAAACAGAUGGAAAACUUAUGGCAGAUUCAAUUAGAAAUGACACUAAUAGUAAUAAUGAUAUCAAUAGAAUUAUGAACAUGGCAGCCAAAAUAAAAUCAAAUGUAAUAAUUUCAAACAGUGCGAAUAUAAAUUCGAAUAAUAAUUUUGGUGAAUAUCAAAGAGAGAUAAAUAAUAACAAUAAUAAUAAAAUAAAAAUGAGCAAUGUACAGAAUGCAAAAAAUGAAAUAGUCAAUGAUAUGAAUAUAAAUAAUUAUAUGUAUGGUAAUAAAUUAAAUACAGAUAUUAGAAAUGAUAAUAAAAUAAUAAUGAAAGAUAUAACAAGAAAUCGAAAAGAAUAUUUAGUAGAACCAUAUAAAAAACUUAAUCACGAUAAUUAUAAUGUUAUGAAAAAUAUACUAUUUAAUAGAAGUUUUGUUAAUCCACAAAUUGUAAAUGGAUCAUAUAUUUCUAAUUAUAAUAUGAGACGAAAUAGUAGUAGUAGCGUUGCAAGUAAUAUGUCUAAUAAUAGUAAUGUUAUUAAUUAUGGUAAUAUAUUUUAUUUAGAUAAUAAAGUUGGGUUUAAAAAUAUUAUAAAACCAAACGAUCAAUUAUGUAAAGAUAUUUCAAUUUUGAGUAAUACAAAAAAUAAAAGUUCAAAUGAAUUAUUAAAAAAAAAUAAAAAAAUAAUAAUAACAAAACAUGAAGUAAAAUCUUUUUUAGUAAAUACAAUAAAAGCUAUAGGAUGUAUAUUAAAAAAAUGGAAAAAAAAAAAAAUGGGAAUUUAUUUUUGGUUUCAUAUACAAUGUAUAGAAGGUGAAAAGGAUUUAAAUUUUUAUAUUAACAUUUUUAAUUCUUUAUUUGAAAUAAUAACAGGUAAAAAUAUAUAUUAUCAACAUAAUGAUAUAAACAAUAUAAUAAAUAUAUUUAAGGAAUUUAUUUUAUAUGAUUGCAAACAUAUUUUUAAAAAAAGUAUCAAAAUAUUAAAUCAUUAUGCAAAAAAAAAUUCAAAUAAUUUUUCAAUUUUUGGAAAUAUCAAAGAAGAUUUAUUAAAUGUUAACAAAUCUUUAUUACUAAAUGAAUACGAAAAAAAAUCAUUCCUUACAUUAUCAAAUAAUUUGGUAACAUCUACUGGUAUUGAAGUUCAAAAUGAUAUAAACAACUUUGAAAAUCACGAUAAUAAAAAAAAUAAUUUUUUAGAAUAUUUAUUUAACUCUAUGAAAGAUAAUUAUUACUCUCUUGAAAAAAACAACACAGGGAAAUUGUAUUUAUCUAAUAUGUUUACAAGUUUUAGUGAAUUAAAUUAUAAUGAAAUAUUUAAUGUCUUUUUAAAGCAGCCAAAUUAA